AUGCUGGGUCGGGAGAUAGCGUUUUAUGUCAGCACAGUGUACGGUUACGUCAGUCACUUGCUCAGUCUUCGUACCUGGUAUUCGCGUAUAAAUGCGAACAUAUUAUUAGGCGCAUUGCCCUUGCGAUCCAGUUGGCCGAAGAUUGAGUCCAAAGAAAACGUCACGCACAUGGUCAGUAUGUUGGAACCGUUCGAAGUGAAAUCUUUUGUCCUCGGUCCGAAAGAAGCUCGUGAUCGUGGAUUGCUACACUUAUCCUUGCCCGUGAGAGAUUUCGUCGGCAUACCCAAUUGGGAACAGGCAACGAAAACUCCGGUUGAUCUUGCCGAGCGUAAGGUUGAUUCCUGUGAAGAAGCGGAUGAAGGUGUGAUCGGUUACGUUCGGCGUCGAUCCGCUUCAAAUGAUCAAGUAGAUGUGGAUUCGCAGUCUGCACCAACUUCGGAGGGAGAUCGGUGUGAAGGAGAUCAGAUAAAACUUAGUUCAGAAAAGGCACCAUGGAAAGAAUCUAAGUUGAGUCCUACCCAUCGGGCUUCAUUUGACCAAACUGGAAGAUUUAGCUGCUGUGUUGCAGCUGCCCUCCUCCUUCGUCUAGUACUACUCGCCUUUUCUGUCUGGCAGGAUGAAACACGCUGGCCUGACGGACAGUUACGAUUCACAGAUGUCGAUUAUGACGUGUUUUCCGAUGCCGCUCGAGCUCUUAUUCGAGGUGAAGAUAUUUACGAGGCACGUCCCACCUACCGGUAUUCCCCUCUGAUUGCAGCUAUCGUCGCACCGGGAUUUCUUCUCUCUUCUCCCCACAAUGUUGAACACGUAAAUUCGCCAUCAGAAUUCUUUUUUUAUCCACCUCUGACUUCGUCCAACGUGUCUGCAAUGAAUCGUGGCAGCGAUCCACUGUUUGCUAGGAUAUGGGGGAAAUUGGUCUUCAUCCUUGCGGAUAUCGUUUGUGCCUGGCUACAGUUUCAGAUCAUCCGCGUGGAAGCUCUGUCGCGUGCUAGAAGUCAAUCAAAGGAUCAACACUUUGGUGCCGCACCACUCACUACUGUUUCACUCAUCUGCUUCGGUUGGCUUUUCAACCCCGUUACUGCAGUCGUUUCAGUACGUGGGAAUGCGGAAGCUGUACUCGGUGUGUGCGUGCUCGCCUGCCUUUUACUGGUAAUUCACAAAUGCGCGAUCACGGCUGGUCUGCUGUUCGGAUUGUGCGUACACUUAAAAUUGUAUCCGGUAAUUUAUGCUCCGGCCAUUUACCUGUGGUUCGCGCCAGUCGUCACUAAUUACCGAUCCCUACCAUGGAAAAGACGCUUAUGGUUACUUCUUCCACGUUGGUCCCAUAUCCGUUUCUCUGUGGGUGCACUGACCAGCUUGAGUGUGCUCACCGGACUGGGCUACUGCUAUUUUGGCGGAUGGCGUUUUUUGCACCAAGCUUACUUAUAUCACUUCUCGCGCGUGGACAUCAAACACAACUUUGCCCCACAUUUCUAUCCUCUCUAUCUACUGUCUGGUUUGGAAUGGCGACAGUCCGGCCUAGUUGAAGCUGGUACGUUUGUCAAUGCAUCGCCUGCUGGGCGUGCCCGAGACCUGUUAGAUCGCUUGCAAAGCACUGUGGCAGGUUUAGUUUAUUCGUCGGAUAAAACUGCAAAACUCGGCACUUCUUUGACUGUUCUGUUUCGAUCUGCCGUUCAGUCGCUUUUGCAGGAUGAGUCUCGAUUGCAAAUUUUAAAGCUGGUGUUCAGUUUGGUUUCGGUUCUCCCAGCGGUGUUUCUCAUUCCAUUCUUGGCAUUUCGACUACGUCGAACUCCCGGUUUAUGCUGGUUCGCCACAACCUAUGCGUUUGUGACGUUUAAUAAAGUAAGUCUAUAA